CGGAUAGAUAUAUCAUGUUUCGUAUCACAAACAACACUUUACCGUUAGUUAUAAAUGAUUUGGUUUUAUUGUUAACGGGCAUUUUAUAUAAUUCUUUCGAUCGUUAUUUCCAAUUACAAUUUCGUAUCGACUUUUUUGUUUUACAUUAGUUCAGCUUGUUAGUGGUACUGUUCGACUGGUCUUAUUAACUCCGUAUCUGAUAUUUGAUUUAGUUAUGGCAGAUGUAAUUGCAACAUCAGCUUCAGAAGCAGGUUGUCUUAAGGAUGGGGUGAAAACUGUAGUAAUUGCUUUCGAUGGAAGUGAUAACGCUAAGCAUGCAAUGAAAUUUUAUGCUGAUACAGUGCACACACCAAAGGAUAAUGUUAUAGUUGUAUAUUGUGUUGAACUGGGCGAAGUCAUUACGACAGCCCAUUUUUCUGUGGACCAAGAAGCAUUUAAGGAGUUAAUUCAGCGUGAAUCUGACAAAAUAAAAAAUAAACUAGUAGAAUUUGCAGUGUACAUGCGGGAGAUUAAGCUAAACGGAAUAGUUAAGAGUACACACGCAAGUACACCCGGGUUGGGUGUUAUCAACUUAGCCAGUGAGUUUAAUGCUGAUUUAAUUGUGACCGGAAGCAGGGGACAAGGUACUUUACGGAGGACAUUUCUCGGUAGUGUUAGUGACUUCAUUCUGCAUCAUUCAAAGGUUCCUGUUCUGGUCGUUACAUUACAUAAGAACGCAGAGGACAAACAUAGAACCUAACUUUUCUGAUUGUAUUCCAUUUGAAUUGGUAACAAAGAUGAAUAUUAAAAUGUAAAAAAGGGCACUUACAUUGAAGCCUUGCCAUGACGUGUAUCAAAACAUUAUCUUUGACAUUAUAGUUGACGGUCUGGAUGGAGGUUCUUCAUUUCUGUAUUCUUUAAUUUUUUUUGACAUUUUUCACCAUUCUUAAUACUUUUUGCUCAUUAUUCUAUAUUCUUUAAUAUACUUUUUGCUAUUAUUUUCUAUUCUUUAUAUUUUAGCACCUCAUUGUUCUCUAUUCUUUAUUUUUUUGGUCUGUUUUUCUCUAUUCUUUAUUUGUUUUACCCAUUAUUCCCUAUUCUGUAAACCCCCAUUCACACCCUCACAAUUCACAACUAUUGCAAAAUUGACUCUAUACUUAACGUUUCAGUAGAAAACAAAAACAUUAUCGACGAUAGAAAAAUAAAUAAUUAUUACGCACUUUAA